GCUUCAGCUACUGCAAUAAUUUGAUCAAACACCAUGUCUUCUCCUCUGCUUCUCCUUCUCUUAUCAACAGUCAUAACCGUCGCCUCCUCCUCUGAUUCCUGUCCCGCAUACCCCUCAGUGCCAACGGACUGCACCGUUUCCACGGCUGAUGAAAACCCGGUUCCCGUUCGACGGGAAGUUUACGGCGAUGGGAGAAUCUUCGAUAUUAGCCAUAGAUACACUGUGGAUAUGCCGUCGUGGGAUAGCAAAGACGGUCUGGGUCAGUUCCUUUGGCUUCCGGCCAGCAUGAAGAAUGGCUCCCGAUCCAAUAAUUCCCUGAUGAAAUUUGUGUCGGUUCACACCGGCACUCACGUCGACGCGCCGGGUCAUAUGAUUGACCGGUACUUCGAUUCCGGGUUCGAUGUUGACACCCUUGACCUUGACGUCCUGAACGGGCCAGCUGUGUUACUCGAUGUGCCGAGGAAUAGUAAUAUAACUGCCCAAGUGAUGGAGUCAUUGAACAUUCCUAAAGGAGUGCGCCGUGUUCUUUUUAGGACAUUGAAUACUGACAGGCGGCUUAUGUUUAGAAGGGAAUUUGAUUCAAGCUAUGUUGGAUUUACAACAGACGGGGCAAGAUGGUUGGUAGAGAACACUGACAUCAAACUUGUAGGAAUCGAUUUCUUAUCUGCUGCAAGCUAUGAUCAUUUGGUUCCAGCUCAUCUUGAGUUCUUCGAAGGGAGGGAAGUGAUUCUAGUGGAGGGCUUGAAGCUUGAUGAUGUUCCUGCUGGAAUAUAUAACGUACAUUGCUUACCUUUAAGGUUGCUUGGUUCUGAAGGAUCACCCAUCAGAUGCAUUCUCAUCAAAUGAUCAUACACGUAACAUAAUUUUCACUGUUAUCAUUCUAGGGGUCUCGUCUUAGACUGUUAUAAUUCUAGUUUCGUCUUUGAUUGUUAUUAUUCCGGAGAUUUUGUCAUCAACUAUAUUAGUAGGACUUUUACUUUUUCUUAAAGUAU